AUGGGCGGCGGUGUCUCAUCUCUCCCAGCGGAGGUCUCGCUUGCCGAGGCGAAGGAGCUGGCGGGCGCCAGGUGGCAGCCCGCGUGGGAGGAGAAGUUCGCGGAAGCCAAGAUCUCCAGGGAGGAGGCAAUACAAUGCUGGAAGGAGUCCAAGGCAGCGAUCUCCGAGGCGCUCUACGAAAAGCUCCACGGCGCCAACUGCUCCAGCGUUGCGUCGGCGCUGGAUUUUUCGGCAAUUGUGAACGAGAAGCGCGGGCAGCAUCUUCCUGGCACGCGUGAGUGGGUCUUCGAGGCAGUGCUCCGCUGGCGGACCGACGCCGAUAGCGCAAAGCUCUUUUGGCUUGUGGGUGGCGGUGGCACGGGCAAGAGCGUGGCAGCGGCUGAAUUGCUCGCGCGACUGCUCGACAAACAAAACGCGGCCGCGUGGCACUUUUGUAAGCAUACCGAGCCGGGCCGAUCGGCGCCAGCGGUGCUGUUGCGGUCUCUGGCGGGCAUGCUGUGUGCGACGGUGGAGGGCUUCGAGGACGCGCUGAAGGAGAGCACGGGCGUCGAGACGGAAAAUGUCGACGAGCUCUUCGAGGCUUUAGUAGCAAAGCCGUUGCGAAGCGUCGAGGCGCCGCGCGGCGCGGACGACGCCCUCGUACUAAUCAUAGACGCGCUCGACGAGCUGCCGCGCGACGCGCUCAAGCCGGUACUGUCGUUGCUCGCGAACGAGCUCAAGACACUGCCGUCGUGGAUCAAGAUUGUCGCGACAAGCCGCGACGAGGCGCAGAUUAAAGCUGCAUUGAAGGGCUACACGCCGUCUGAGCUGCGCGUCGACGAGGCGCGGAACCGGCAGGACGUGAGGGCGUACCUAACUGAACUCGCGAAGGAGCACGUCGAGCUCGAGGUGACGAUGGACUCGCUGCGGCACGAGGUCGAGGCGAAGUUCCCGGAGCUCGCCGGUCGCCUUGGAGGUUUCGCGGCUCUCGAAGACCCGCUCCGUCGAGCCAAGGCGACGUACGCGGAAGCCAUGCGAGGCGUGAGCGGACUCGACAAGUUAGAGGCCUACAAGGAGCGACGCGAUCCGAACCUCAAGCAAGACGUGGGCGAUUUCGAGGCGCUCUAUACCCAGGCCGCAGUAGCUCAGAAUAUUUUGGUUGAAUCUCUGAAAAAGCUGCGCGAUGACGUAAAAGAUCCAGGCGUGAAGGGCCGUCCGCGGUCGCUUGAAAAGCUCGCCAACGACUACGGCGGCGACGCUCGUUAUCUCAAAGAUCUCUCUCGAGCUACUAUCUUGUGUGAGAACCCCGACGAGCUGCUCGACGUCCUGAAUCGGCUCACAAGUGUCGGCCUGGAGAUUGCCCAAGUGAAGAAUAAAUUCGCGAGCCCGACGCCCAUGGGCUACCGCGACUUUAAUUUGAACAUCCGUGUCCGCCUCGACGACGGGAGCACGCACAUUGCCGAGUUCCAGCUGAAUUUGAAGAGCAUUGCGGACGCCAAGCACAUCGCGCACGAUCAGUAUGAAGUGAUCCGUGCGGCAUUACCUGACAUGUGCAAGGACACGAGUAUCGGAGCGGACGCGCUCGAGGCGUUCAUUUCAGAACGCCUCAACUCAUCCACGCUCGAUGCCGCCGUGAGUACACUCGAGCGGAAAGCCGACGGGCUCAUGCUCUAUGCGCGCCUCAUCGCGGACCAACUCGAGGCGACGAGCGGCAAGAUCAACUUUGCGAGCGUCGGCGCGCUGCCUUCUGGCCUCGACGAGAUCUACGCGGAGAACUUUCGACGCGUGUUUGUUGAUGAUGGCACGUGGGGCGAUGCAGUGCCGCUCGUCGAAUUAAUCUGCGCCGCGGCCGAGCCGCUCACCGUCGACGCGGCGAGUAGUGCGCUUGGUUGGGAUCGAGCGCGGUGCAAGAAGGUCUGUGAUGGCGUAUCACUGUUAUUUCCGCUGCGCGAGGGCGAUGUGAUUGGUGUUUUGCAUAAGACUGUGACGGAUUGGCUGACGGGCGAGGCGCCGUUUGACAGGCGCUCUUCUCAGAACGCGUUCUUCGUCGUGCGGGACGCGGCGCACCGGCGACUGGCGCAGGCGUGUGCUCGAGCGGUUCGUGCCGGGGUUUUGGAUACGGAGUCGUACUCGAGCGACGCGGCCGCAGAUGAGGUGCUGGCUUCAUUCGUAGAGGGUGAGGGUGGUCCGGCGUCGGAUGCUUAUGCGUUGCGCUGGUGCUUGUUUCACAUGACGCGGUCGAACGAAGAGGGAGAGGCCGUUGGAGUCGCCUGCAGUCUGUCGUACGUGCUGAAGCGGAGUGACUGCGACAUUGUUUCCUUCGUGGCGGACCUGAACGUUCUUCAGGGCCAGGACACAUUGCUGCUGUCCGACUCCUUGGUGCUGUCACGGCGCGGAAUAUCGCUAGGCAUGCCACUUGUCGAGCAGUUGUGGCAGCGGCUCGUGCCUCGCGCGGAUGUGGAGUCGUCUCCUGCCGCGUGCCGCCUGGUCGAUGACGCGAGGCGCGUCGCGAGCAAGCUAUCGCUGUCGGCCGUGCGAUCGAUGAGUCUGACGGCGGCGGGUGGGGCGGAGCGGUGUCGGAUCGAGGUUGUUGCUGAUUGUUUGGCGACCUUCGUAGACCCGGCGAUGGGCGAGCCGCGGCUUGCUUGUGGUGAUUCUGACGGGAAUGUGCACAUCUAUGAUCCGGUCGCGGGUGGCGCGGCGCUGGUCGUGAUUGAUGUGUGUGCUUCUGAGCUGGCUGUCUUCAAAGACCCGGCGACGGGCGAGUUGCGGCUCGUUUGUGGAACAUCAUUAGACUUUGGGGCAAGUGGUGACGUGCGCGUCUUCGACCCGGUCGCCGGCGGCGAGGCGCUGCUUGUGAUUGAUGUGGGCGAAAGUGUGUUCGCGCUGGCGGUCUUCAAAGACCCGGCGACGGGCGAGCCGCGUUUGGCUUGUGGAUGUCGAGGUGAGAAGGUGCGCAUCUACGAUCCGGUCGCGGGCGGCGAGGCGCUCCUCGUGCUCGAGGUCAGCGCUAUAGAGCUAGAAGUCUUCAAAGACCCGGCGACGGGUGCACCGCGGCUUGUGUGCGCUGCGGAAAAGAAGGUGCUUGUCGUCGAUCCGGUCGCGGGCGGCGACGCGCUGCUCGUGGUAGAUAUUGACUGCAGUGCACUGGUGGCCUUCAAGGAACCAGCGACGGGCGCGCCGAGGCUCGCGUGCGGCUCUGACGAUGGGAAGGUGCGCGUCUUCGACGCGAAUUCUGGCGGCGAGGCGCUGCUCGUGCUCGACGCGGGCGACAAAGAGGUGAGCGCACUGGUCAUGUUUAAAGACCUGGCGACGGGCGCGCUGCGGCUCGCAUGCGGGGAGGGUUAUGAAGGCAAUAAGGUGCGCGUCUUCGACCCGGUCGCGGGCGGCGAGGCGCUGGUCGUGCUCGAGGGGCAUACAGAUUCUGUAACGGCUUUGACAGCCUUCACGGACCCGGCGACGGGCGAGACGCGGCUCGUGAGCGGAUCGUGGGACGUCCGAGUCUGGAACCCGGCGGCGGGCGGCGCGGCGAUCGAGGCGGAGCCCGAGGGGCACUCUAGUCCUGUGACUGAACUGGUGACCUUUGUGGAUCCGGCGACGGGCGCACUGCGGGUCGCGACCGGGUCGCGUGAUAAGACGAUUCGCGUGUGGGAUGCGGAGACUGGCGGUGCGGUGCUCGUGAUCGACGUCGGCUCGUCAGUGAAUGCGCUGGCGUUCUUUGUGGACCCGGCGACGGGCGCGGCGCGGCUCGCUUGUGGUUGUGAUGAUGAGAGGGUGCGCGUCUUCGACCCUGUCGUGGGCGGCGAGGCACUGCUCGUGAUCGACGCUGGCGCCACUGUGUAUGCGUUGGCAUUCUUCACGGACCCGGCGACGGGCGCGCUGCGGCUCGCUUGCGGCACCAGGGAGCUUGAUAAGUGGGGUGAUGAAGAUGGUGGAAAUGUGCGUGUCUUCGACCCCGUCGCGGUCGGCGAGGCGCUACUCGUGAUCGAAGUUGGCGCGGAAGUGUUGGCGCUGGCGGUCUUCGCGGACCCGGCGACUGGCGAACUGCGAAUAGCUUGUGGUUGUAGAGACAAAAAGGUGCACAUAUACGACCCGGUCGCUGGAGGCGAGGCGUUGGUCGUACUCGAGGGGCACACGGACGAUGUGUGGGCGUUGACUGUUUUCGAAGACCAGACGACGGGCGACCUUCGCCUUGCGAGCGGAUGUAGCGACGGUUCCGUGCGCAUCUGGGACUUGGCCGCGGGCGGCGCGGCGCGCUUCGUGCUCGAAGGGCACACGGACUACGUGUAUGCGCUGACGGCCUCUGCGGACCCGGCGACGGGCGCGUUGCGGCUCGUGAGCGGGGCGGACGACAAGACCUUGCGGGUUUGGGACGCAAGCAAGGGCGGCGCGGCGCUGCGAGUGAUUGCUUUUGAGGAUGGUGUGCACGAUUUGGCGUUCAGGAGCGACACGAGUGGGCUCUUUGUGGCUUUCGGGAAGCGGUGGGGGGAGUUGCGCGUCGGAGGCUCCUAA